AUGAACGUGAUUGUGUACUCAUCGUUCACCAUGGCUCUUGUAUUCCUGGUGCCUACAUUGAUGCUCCUGUUGCUGGAUUUCGUGCUAUACGCAUACAGAAUAGCGCAUCGAACUCUCCAUCCUCUGGUGUGUCCCGGUAAACACCUGGGUUCUAGCAAAGUGAAGCGGGAUGGAAAUCAAGAAAAGCAGAAAACGCUGAACGGGAAAGAGUCUCCUGCGAUCACGAAGGAUUCUACUUCAACUUCUCGUCAGGAAUUUUCCGAAACGAUAACUUUCAGGAUGACUCCCGCCAAACCCAGAAACUUUGUGUACGAGACAGUGGUUUCAGGUUAA